GAGGACAAACACAGUCACACAUCCGUCAACAAACUGGACACCUUCAGCACGUUUGUGGUGUCAUUUCAUAUCACCGAACUCCGCAGCACUAAGCACCCUCUGUUUUAUGUAAGUGAGUCAUUUAUUAGCAUUAACAUCAGUGAGAGAAAUGACCUGCAUUACACACAUCUUUUCUAAAAGACCUCGCUUAAAGGUCGGACGGCUGCUCGGUGCAGCUUUCACCUCCUGCAGAUGUUUCCAUGCAGAACUAGUAGGACAGGAAUCCAGCGGACUUCCAAUAGUUCAUCACAGCAAGUAUGUGUGUGACCUCCCACCCAACCACAGGUUCCCUAUGGGCAAGUUCUCCCGGGUUCUCCACUUUCUGAUCAAAGAUCAAGUCAUUACAGAGAAACAGGUGUGGGUCCCUGAAAUUGCCUCCAUAGAUUUACUGAGCUGUGUGCACACGGAGGAAUACCUGAGCAACUUCAUAAAUGGGAAAAUAAAUGAGCAGGAGCAAAGGAGGACAGGUUUCCCCUGGAGCGAAGGCAUAGUGAGACGCUGUCGAUAUGAAACGGGUGGGACUGUUCUAGCUGCCGAGGUAGCUCUACAGAGGGGAAUGGCCUGCAGCACUGCAGGAGGAACCCAUCAUGCAUUUCCAAGCUAUGGUUCGGGGUAUUGUCUCCUCAAUGACUUGGCAGUUGCAGCCAAAUACCUGAUCUCCUCAUCCAAAAGGAAGGUUCUGAUUGUGGAUCUAGACGUGCAUCAGGGUGAUGGCACUGCUUUCAUUUUUAAAGAUGAGCCGUGUGUGUUUACGUUCUCGGUGCAUUGUGGGAAAAACUUCCCCCUCCGUAAACAACAGAGUGACCUAGAUAUCAGCGUGGAGGAUGGGCUGGAAGACAAGGAGUAUCUCUCCACAGUGGAGGCUCACCUUCCCAGGCUGCUGGAGACUUUUCGUCCAGACCUGGUCCUGUAUGACGCAGGGGUCGACCCUCAUUGGAAAGAUGAACUCGGGAGGCUCAGUCUGACCGACCAAGGGCUGUAUCAGAGAGAUCUCUACGUGAUGAAGACCGUGGUGAGUAGAGGCGUUCCUGUCGCUGUCGUUAUUGGAGGAGGAUACUCGAGAGACAUUGAUAAACUGGCUAUCAGACACUCCAUUGUCCACAGAGCAGCGACUCAGGUUUGGAGGGAGUGUGGGAUGUAAAACGUUUGUGCUGUAAAUCAAGAGGACCCUCGGAGCCUAGCUGAUACUUGAUCUUUAGGAGCCAAUGACAAGAUUGAUAUGUGGGAAUAAAAACAUGUGGUUAUGCUACACAAAUGCUUGUUUUACACUGUAUAUUUAUAUGUACAUGCAACAGUUUUUAUCAAGAAUUCUGAAAAAUAUAUUGGAGACAAAUUCCACCAACUUCUCAGAGUAUCUUAGAAUAUUUAAUAUAUAUAUAUAAGUUAUGUAAUGUAACUAACCUUUUUUGGUAUAUUGGACAGGAUAUUUUAAAAUGGAAAGUUGGUGUAUGUUUGCUAAAGGGUGAUUUAAGAAGACAUUCAACUUGUUUACUUCAUCAAGAUGCUGCAUCGGCACCUCUGUAGUAGUAACUAUCAGUACAACUAUUAAAUAUUCUGUUUUUGAACA